AAUGGUAAAGAAGGAGAAAGGAAAGCCAAAUCCAUUAGGUGAAGUUAGCAGAGAUUAUACAAUCAAUCUCCAUAAGGGUGUUCAUAAGGAAACAUUUAAGAGAAAAGCACCAAGAGCUGUUUCAUAUAUUAUUAAUUUUGGUAUAAAAAUGAAUUAAUUUGUCAGCAAGAAAGAAUAUGCUUACAGAAGAUGUUAGAAUUGACCCAUCUUUGAAUGAAGCAGUUUGGGCUAGAGGUAUUAGAAAUCUCCCAAGAAGAAUCAGAGUUAGAUUACAAAGAAAGAAGAAGGAAGAGGAUGAUGGAAAAGGCAAAUAUUAUACACUUGCUUAACAUGUUCCUGUUGAAUCAUUUGAUGGCUUAAAAACAGAAAUCACCAAGUCAUAAUGAUC